CUCCCUACAUCCUGCUCUACUGGGUCAAGUCCCUCUUGGCCCGGCUCUUGCCCAUCGUUGGCUCUACUGGACCAACGGGUACCGCUGGCGAUCUUACUUCAUCGGUGCAGAGCCCUCUAGGAUCUCUUCAGAUGAAAAUGGCCUUGCCUGGGAAUCCUGCUCGUUCUAUCAUCAUCUAAUUAUGGGACAAAGCUGUGCCAGCAGGUCUGGGGGCAGGAGAACAGGGCUAAUCAAGCCCCCCCCAGAAACACUGGAGGACUUCCCAGCCUUUGAAGAACUCUAGCAGUUUCUGAAUCUAACCCAUUCUGGUGGUAAGCAUGAUGCAACUUCUCCGACUUUUGCUGGGGCUUUUGGGGCCAGGUGGCUACUUGUUCCCUUCAGGGGAUUGUCAGGAGGUGGCCACUCUCACUGUGAAAUACCAAGUGUCAGAGGAAGUGCCGUCUGGCACGGUGAUAGGGAAGCUGUCCCAGGCACUGGGCUGGGAGGAGAGGCAUAGGCAAGCGGGCGCUGCUUUCCAGGUCCUGCAGCUGCCUCAGGAGCUCCCCAUCCAGGUGGACUCUGAAGACGGCUUGCUCCGCACAGUGAGGCGGCUGGACCGAGAGCAGCUUUGCCGGCAGCGGGAUCCCUGCCUGGUUGCCUUUGACGUGCUUGCCAAAGGGGACUUGGCUCUGAUCCACGUGGAGAUCCAGGUGCUGGAUAUCAAUGAUCACCAGCCACAGUUUCCCAAAGGCAAGCAGGAGCUGGAAAUCUCUGAGAGUGCCUCUCUGAGCACCCGGAUCCCCCUGGACAGAGCUUUGGACCCGGACACUGGCCCCAACACCCUGCACUCCUAUUCCCUGUCACCCAGUGAGCACUUUGCCCUGGAUGUCAUCGUGGGGCCUGAUGAGACCAAACACGCGGAGCUGGUGGUGGUGAAGGAGCUGGACCGGGAAAUCCACUCGUUUUUUGAUCUGGUGUUAACUGCCUAUGACAGUGGGAGCCCCCCCAAGUCAGGCACCAGCCUGAUCAAAGUCAACGUCCUGGACUCCAAUGACAACAGCCCUGUGUUUGCUGAGAGCUCCCUGGCGCUAGAGAUCCAAGAAGAUGCUGCCCCUGGUACUCUCCUCAUAAACUUGACUGCCACAGACCCUGACCAAGGCCCCAACGGGGAGGUGGAGUUCUUCUUCAGCAAGCACGUGCCUCCAGAGGUGCUGGACACCUUCAGCAUCGAUGCCAAAACCGGCCAGGUGAUUCUGCGUCAACCCCUUGACUAUGAGAAGAAUCCUGCCUAUGAGGUGGAUGUCCAAGCCAGGGACCUGGGUCCCAAUCCCAUCCCAGCCCAUUGCAAAGUCCUCAUCAAGGUUCUGGAUGUCAAUGACAAUGCCCCAAGCAUCCACAUCACAUGGGCCUCCCAGCCGCUGCUAGUGUCAGAAGCUCUUCCCAAGGACAGUUUCAUUGCUCUCAUCAUGGCGAACGACUUGGACUCAGGAAACAAUGGUCUGGUCCACUGUUGGCUGAGCCAAGAGCUGGGCCACUUCCGGCUGAAAAGGACCAAUGGCAACACAUACAUGCUGCUAACCAACGCCACGCUGGACAGAGAGCAGUGGCCCAAAUAUAGCCUCACCCUGUUGGCCCAAGACCAAGGACCCCAGCCCUUAUCGGCCGAGAAACAGCUCAGCAUUCAGAUCAGUGAUGUCAACGACAAUGCACCUGUGUUUGAGAAGAGCAGGUAUGAGGUCUCCACUAGGGAAAACAACCUACCCUCUCUUCACCUCAUUACCAUCAAAGCUCAUGAUGCGGACUUGGGCGUUAAUGGACAAAUCUCAUACCGCAUCCAGGACUCCCCAGUUUCUCACUUGGUAGCCAUUGACUCAGACACAGGAGAGGUCAUUGCUCAGAGGUCACUGGACUAUGAAGAGAUGGCCAGCUUUGAGUUCCAUGUGGUCGCAGAGGACAGGGGACAGCCCCAGCUCUCAUCCAGCAUCUCUGUGUGGGUCAGCCUCCUGGAUGCCAACGAUAAUGCCCCAGAGGUGAUUCAUCCCCUACUCAGCGAUGGAAAAGCCAGCCUCUCAGUGCUGGUAAAUGGCUCCACAGGCCAUCUUCUGGUGCCCAUUGAUACUCCCAAUGCCCUGGGUCUGGCAGGCACUGACAUGGCACCACUGGCCACCCACAGCUCCCAGCCAUUCCUUUUGGUGACCAUUGUAGCGAGAGAUGCAGACUCAGGGGCAAAUGGAGAGGUGUUCUACAGCAUUCGGAGUGGGAAUGAAGCCCGCCUCUUUGUCCUCAGCCCCCACCUGGGGCAGCUGUUCAUCAACAUCACCAAUGCCAGCAGCCUCAUUGGGAGGGAGUGGGAGCUGGAGAUAGUGGUAGAAGACUGUGGCAGCCCCUCCUUGCAGACCCAAGCCCUGUUGAGGAUCUUGUUUGUCACCAGUGUCGACCACCUGAAGGACUCCGCCCGUGCUCCUGGGGCCCUCAGCACAUCAGUGCUGACGGUGAUUUGCCUGGUCGUCCUGCUGGCCAUCUUUGGGUUGAUCUUGGCUCUGAUCAUGUCCAUAUGCCGGACAGAGAAGAGGGACAACAGGGCCUAUAACUGUAGGGAGGCUGAAUCCACCUACCGCAACCAGCCCAAGAGACCCCAGAAACACAUUCAGAAGGCAGACAUCCACCUCGUGCCUGUGCUCAGAGGCCAGGUGGACGAGCCUGGUGAAGUGGGGCAGCCCCUCAAGGAUGUGAGCAAGGAAGCGAUGAUGGAAGCAGGCUGGGACCCCUGCCUGCAGGCCCCCUUUCACCUCACACCCACCCUGUACAGGACCCUUCGUAACCAAGGCAACCAGGGAGCCCUGGCUGAGAGCCGAGAGGUACUGCAGGACACAGUCAACCUCCUUUUCAACCAUCCCAGGCAGAGGAACGCGUCCCGGGAGAACCUGAACCUUCCUGAGCCCCAGCCUGCACUGGGCCAGGCCCGCUCGAGGCCCCUGAAGGUGGCAGGCAGCCCCACAGGGAAGCCUCCUGGAGACCAGGGCAGCGAGGAAGCCCCGUUGAGCUCACCAGCCUCCUCUGCAACCCUGAGGCGGCAGCGGAAUCUCAAUGGCAAAGUGGCCGCUGAAAAAGAAUCAGGCCCCCGUCAGAUCCUGCGGAGCCUGGUCCGGCUGUCCGUGGCUGCCUUCGCGGAGCGGAACCCUAUAGAGGAGCUCACUGUGGAUUCAUCUCCUGUUCAGCAAAUCUCCCAGCUGCUGUCCUUGCUGCAUCAGGGCCAAUUCCAGCCCAAACCAAACCACCGGGGAAAUAAAUACUCGGCCAAGCCCUGCGGAGGCAGGAGUGUAAUCCCAGACACAGAUGGCCCCGGUGCCAGGGCUGGUGGCCAGGCAGAACCAGACCAGGAAGAAGGACCCUUGGACCUUGAAGAGGACCUCUCUGUGAAGCAGCUGCUAGAAGAAGAGCUGUCAAGCCUGCUGGACCCCCACAAAGGCCUGGCCCUGGACCGACUAAGCGCCCCAGACCCGGCCUGGAUGGCGAGGCUCUCUUUGCCCCUUGCCACCAACUACCGUGACAACGUGUUCUCCCCGGACACUGCGGCCUUGGAGGAGCCGAGGACCUUCCAGACGUUCGGCAAGGGGUCGGGGCCAGAGCUGAGCCCGACAGGCACACGGCUGGCCAGCACCUUCCUCUCGGAGAUGAGCUCGCUGUUGGAGAUGCUGCUGGAGCCGCGGGCCAGUGUGCCCGUGGAGGCUGCCUCCGAGGUGCUGCGGCGGCUCUCGGUCUGCGGGAGGACCCUCAGUCUAGACCUGGCCACCAGUGGGGCCACAGGCACGGACGUCCAGGGGAACCCAGGUGGAAAGAAGGGGACCGAGGGCAGGACCAGGACCAGCAGCAGCAACAGCAGGGGCCUUUGGAUCCAGGAACCAGGGGCCCCGGGAGAUGUUAGGGAGUCCCGGCCCUGAGGGCCCUCGGACAUGUUCUGGUUUCUAAUAUUGUUGAACUCACUGAGCAGAAGUGGCUCGAGAACUUUAGGGUGACUGAUGUUGUCCCACGGAGGGGACAGGAGCCCAAGGACUAACAGCUGGCUGACCAAAGCAGACCCUUGUUAGGAGCUGGCUCUGCCUCUGAAUUUCCUGGAGGAUGGAGAGUGAGUGGCUGAGAUAAGUGUUUGCUGGCAAAACACAGGUAGAGCACAGAGGGCUGGUCCUCGGGCGGAACAGGUGCCACGGAGUGUCUGUCAUGAGCAGGAAAGAAUAGCCUUGUUGCAUCCUGGAGGGUAGGGGGCUGCAUCCUGGGGUGCCAGGCAAAGCUCUCUGACCUUCUAAUAAAGGAAAAGCAGUGGCUUGUUUGCCUGUUUACACCCCUCAGGAGGGAUGAAUAACAGAGUAAUAGUUCUUUGUCCUCCAGUCUGUCAAGUGGGUCAGGCUGGGCCUGGACAGGAACGGGGCACGUUUGGUGCAGUGUUAGGUACGCAACGAAGGACAUGUGUACUCUUGACCCCACUCCUCUAGUGCUGCAUUAUCAAAUAAUCCGCUUCUCAGCUGGAAAAUUAGGGCUACGAAAAGCAUGACUAUUUAUAGAGCAUUUACAUGAGCCAGGCACCAGGCUUACAAUAGAAUUUAAUUAAUAAUUUCUCAACAACUCUGAGAGGGAGGUGUUAUUAUCCCCAUCUCACAGACAAGGAUAUGAGCCGUGGAGAGGCUGGUGUCUUGCCCAAGAUCAAGCAGAGAGCAGAGGCAGUGCUAGAACUCAGAGCCACGUUUGUCCAACACCAAAACCCAUGCCCUUGACCUUGACACUACACUGCCAGCCACGAAAAGGAACGGAAAAGCCCCCAGAGGUGAGCUCUUGUCGGUAGCGGACUUGCCUGAGCUCCCCUCCAGAAACAUGGCUGAAGCGUAUUUCCAAAGCCGCGCAGGCCUGCACGUCUAACCACCAAGCCCAAAGUGAAGGGGAUUGAUCUGCCCUGACGCAGGCCUGGGUCUCUGCAGAAUCCUGUCCUUUCCCAGGGAGCAGCCCUUCAGAAACCACCACUCGUAGGGAAAUCUUUGUCACAGCAGGUUUGGGCCUGUGAAUUCAGGCACGGGAGGAGAGUGUGUGAACCGGCUCCAUGAAAUCGAUAGUGACAGCAGCAAACCUUCCAGGGGAGGAGGGAGUGAAGAAACAGCAAAUAUCUUCCUAAGGCUCAGCCUUAUCAUUCUCUUGGAAAUUUCCAAGCUAUCAUUCAGCUAGCUUCUCCAUAGCGUGGGGAUUUCCUGGACACUGAAGGCAAAAAUUCCUCCUUUUUCCUCCUUUGGAGCUCAGUGCUCAUGUUCACUGUCCUUCAUCCUCCUAACUAGGGCUAAUGAUGCCAAGCGUACUUAGAAUACAGUGUGGCAUCAGUAUUCCAUUGUCCUAUUUUACAGAUGAGGAAACUGAGCCCCAAAAGCUAAGUGUUUCAGGAGCCGGGUCUCUGAUCACCUCAGCCAAGACAAAGUGAUCUCCUUACAAGAUCUCCUUACAGUCUGACCAGCCAGGUGCCUGGCACAAAGCAACAUAUGAUGAAUACCCACUGAA